CAAGUGCCACAUUGCGUUGCUACUUAGUGUCUUAGGUACUCUUGACUAAGCAAAAAAGCAACAUAAAAGCAAGAAAUCGUUCAAUCAAACAUGCCAACUUAUAAAGUAAUAUACUUUCCCGUAAAAGCUCUUGCAGAGCCCAUUAGAUUCCUAUUCAGUUACGCUGGAGUUGAGUUUAUCGAUGACCGUUUUGAUCGCGAAAAAUGGCCAACCAUAAAACCUACGAUGCCGUUCGGCCAAGUCCCCGUUCUGGAAGUCGACGGCAAAAAAAUCAAUCAAUCGACCGCUAUAUGCAGAUAUUUAGCAAAGCAAUACGGCCUCGCCGGAAAGAACGACUGGGAAGCACUUGAAAUUGAUGCCGCUGUUGACACUAUUCACGACGUACGAGCUAAACUAGGAGCAUAUCAUUACGAAAGCAAUGCCGAAGCUAAAGCCCAAAAACUGAAGGUCAUCGAGGAAGUUGUUCCAUUUUAUAUUGGUCGCUUGAACGAGCAAGUGAAAUCAAACGGUGGAUACCUCGUGGGUAACGCGUUAUCCUGGGCAGACAUAGUUUUCGUGGCUUUGCUGGAUUACUUGAAUUUCAUGGCAAAGUACGACAUAAUUGAGAAUGCCGAGCAUUUAAAAGCUUUGAAAGACAAAGUUCUUUCGGAGCCUGGCAUCAAGGCUUGGGUAGAAAAACGCCCUCAGUCGGAGUGUUAAUUUUUUUUUUUUUUUUUUUUUCACCUAUACCUACUUAUUCCCGAAUUUCUACUGCAUUUGUAUACGAGCACAUUCGAACCAUGUAAAAUGUGCCACAUAAUUCUAACGUUUGUUAAUAAAUACCAAAAAUCUUCA